AUGGCGGACAACAAGGUACCAUUACUGAAGAGAGAAGAUGAAGAAGGAGGAGGAAAAUUAAGGUAUCACGAGAAUUGCCCAGGCUGUGAUGUUGAAAAAUUUAAACAGUCCAGCAAUGGUAUUCCUCUCAAGCAUUUCUUCUUCAUCUGGAUUAUCACUCUCUGCGCAGCUUUGCCAAUAUCAUCUCUCUUUCCUUUCCUAUACUUUAUGAUUAGGGACUUUCAUAUUGCAAAAAGGGAGGAAGAUAUUAGUUAUUAUGCUGGAUAUGUGGGAUCUGCAUUCAUGCUUGGAAGAGCUUUAACUUCUCUUCUCUGGGGAAUAGUGGCUGAUAAAUACGGUCGGAAACCCAUAAUAAUAUUUGGCACAGUUUCAGUGGUUAUAUUCAAUACACUUUUUGGUCUUAGUGCGAACUUUUGGAUGGCAAUUACUACAAGGUUCCUUCUAGGAAGUUUAUGUGGAAUUCUUGGUCCUAUGAGGGCUUAUGCUUCCGAAAUUUGCCGUAAAGAACACCAAGCUUUGGGGAUGUCAGUUAUAAGCACAUCGUGGGGCAUAGGCUUGGUCAUUGGUCCAGCUGUGGGAGGUUUUCUUGCACAGCCUGCAGAGAAGUAUCCCCGUAUCUUUUCUAAAGGAUCUCUUUUUGGGAGGUUUCCUUACUUUUUACCCUGUCUUGCGAUAUCAGUCUUUGCUUUGGUUGCAUCAGUUAUCUCUUGCUGGCUUCCAGAAACUCUGCACGUCCAUAGCACGGGACAAGAUGAUACCAAAGCUGCUUUAAAGGGAAGAGUGUACGAUCCCGAGUCAGAAGAAAUAAAUGUUUUGGAUCGCGGGCUUCUACCUUCCAAGUGGAGCCUCCUAAAGAAUUGGCCCUUAAUGUCUUCUAUUAUUGUAUAUUGCAUAUUCCAAAUGCACGAUAUGGCCUACAGCGAGAUAUUCUCGUUAUGGGCUGUUAGUCCAAGAAGGUAUGGGGGAUUGAAAUACACAACCACAGAUGUAGGUGAAGUUCUUUCCAUUACAGGGUUCAGUUUGUUACUCUUUCAGCUAUUUCUUUAUCCAUGGGUAGAGAGGAUUUUGGGUCCCAUCACGGUUUCUCGUAUUGGAGCUGUUUUAACCAUACCAUUGCUAUCAAGUUAUCCCUAUAUAGCCCGGUUAUGCGGUUCAAUUCUCUUCUUGGUGCUCAAUUGUGCUUCCAUGUUGAAGAAUGUGCUCUCUCUAUCCAUCACAACGGGCUUUCUAGUUAUGCAAAAUAGAGCUGUGUCCCAACAACAAAGAGGAGCCGCAAAUGGCAUAUCCAUGACUGCUAUGUCUCUUUCUAAAUCAAUUGGUCCGGCAGCUGGUGGUGCCUUACUCUCUUGGGCACAACGUCGUCAGAAUUCGGUUUUCUUACCAGGUGUUCAUAUGGUUUUCUUCGUUUUGAACAUAGUCGAAUUCAUUGGCCUGAUUAUGACCUUCAAACCUUUCCUGGCGCUUCCCGAGGACAAGUUAUAG